AUGGCGCGAGAAAUAUCAUCGUCUCCAACAAUACCUACCCAUUUAAAUACGAUAUACGACGACGAAGCGUCGAAGUCAAAGCACGAUCCCAUUCGCAUCCGCACUACGGAUCAGCUCCUUCACGGUUCCCUUGCGCAGGAACUCCUAACCCUCGGAUCCAAAGACUUGCCAUCUGAAAUAAAAGCGAUUACUCAGGGUGACAAAUGUUUCACACAGACUGUCGCGGAUAGAGUGCGAAAAGCUGUGGCAGCGGUAGGACAAAAAAGCAAUAACGACCAUGAAUUACUUUCACAGAUAUUGCACGUCGGGUUGGCGGCACUUUUCUACUUUUUGCAGUCAAAUGUCACCGGCCCACCCUUAGAAUUCGAUUCGGCGACUGUCGUGUUUGGACAAGACAUUGCGGGCGAUGUUUCGGCGCUUAAUGCGAUGCGACAGAAGAUGCUGAGGGAUUUGUCUGUGGAUGGAGAAGCUGUCUACCCGCUUACGCCGAAUAUUGAGCUAUUUUGUGUCGCGAAGGCUAUCUUAGUUGACGCAGAAGUAUUGGUAAAUGAUGAGUCGCCUCUAGUUGCCCGGACGGCCCGGAUGAGGGUGAAUUUCUUGCACCAGAAGAUGCUGGGUGAGGUAACAGGAACAAUGCAGAAAGUAGUUUACGAUGAUCUCGACACAAUAUCUUCGGUUGUACUGCGUGAUAAAUCAGACUCGACUGGCGCCAUGAAGGCAGCAUUUCUACUCGAACGAGCCGCAAUACAUACACACCACGGACUAGACACCAAGGCUAGAUCUGAUCUGGACAAAGCAGCUUUGGCGUCUGGCUUUCAAUAUGCUCUUACUGGAAAGCUAGGGAAACGAACGAAAUUUCAAGAUAGAGAUAUCAGUCAGCUUGUCGUUUUAGCCUUGAGCUCUGAUACAGAGUUUACUGCAGGAACUACAGUGACGAAAGAAGAACCGGAGACGUCGGUACCAAAAGCUCUAGACCUCAACGACGACACCCUUCUUGAGACAAUCGCCUUUGCAAAAGAAGGGGCAAAGCCUGAGAAGUCCACAACCGUCCAAGGCGAGUACUCCUUGCCCGCUGGAUUGGCGUCGAUUGAUCCUUCGAAUCAACCGAAACUUAACCCUUUGGACUCCGCAAUACUCCUCGCUAUGGCAUCUGCUAUUACAAACAAUUCUCCCGAGCACGGAUUAACUCGUGAAGAAACACUCCCAUAUGCGACACGUGUUAUCGAUGGUGGCAGUCCAAAUUGGCAGAUUUACACACAAGCACUUCUUGUUCGGAGCCGAUGUGAGGCCUAUAAAUCACGAACGGUCGAGAGAGGCGUUCUUCAAAUGCAAGCGCUCGUUGAUCAGGUUAUUGCUGAUACAGCAACCACAAACUCGGCUGUGGUAACGAGCAACACUGUUACUAACGAACAACAACAAAGCCAACCCGCAACUUUCCUACCUCGACCUCAAGAGUCAGAGUCUGCGCCUGCCGAGGAGCGAUUGGAAUAUCUAUGGACGCUCAGCUUCCAGACAAGGUGGAAUCUUGAAGCAGAGCUUGCACAGAAAUGGGUUAGCUUGGGUGCCUUGAGGACAGCUCUGGACAUCUACGAAAGACUGGAAAUGUGGGCCGAAGUUGCGUUGUGCUAUGCGGCGACUGAGAGAGAAGAAAAAGCGAAAACGGUCACUCGGCGUCAAUUGUACCAGCGUACAAAUGUGGAUGCGGUCGAUGGCGAUGAUAGCGAAUCAUACGAAGGGCCCGAGUUAUCACCCUUACCGGCAGAUGCACCGCGUUUGUUCUGCAUCUUGGCUGACAUUGAUGCUGAACCAGCUCUAUACGAACGAGCUUGGGAGGUUUCUGGUCAACGUUAUGCGCGAGCCCAGCGGUCGCUUGCCAGGCUAUAUCUCAAAGCUCAGCCUCCUGCUCUCGACAAAGCGGAGGAAGCAUACAGGAAGAGUUUGAAAAUAAACCCGCUCAAUCACGGCGCUUGGUUUGCAAUUGGCUGCGUGCAGUUAAAUCGUGAGCGAUGGAAUGAAGCUAUUGAAUCAUUUACUCGCACAGUGCAAUUGGAACAAGAUGAUGCUGAGGCGUGGAGCAACCUUGCUGCAGCACUGCUCCAUGUUUCUUCCUCCAAUGACAAACCUUCUGAGAGCACUACUACUUCAAAAGAGAAGGGAGACACGAAAGACGCAGAAGGCGAAGACGUCAAAGAAGUGGACCCGUACAAACACACCCGCGACGCCCUCACAGCUCUCCAUCAUGCUGCCCGACUUAAACAAACUGAUCAUCGCAUCUGGGACAACAUAGUUACAGUAGCAGCCUCGCUGCCUCCCCCAAUAACACCUUACAAGGACAUUGUCCUCGCUCAACGCAAGGUCAUUGAACUCGUAUCCCCGAAGAGAGGCGAGAAGUCCAUUGAUAUACCCAUCCUGGGCAUGUUGGUAGAUCACCUUGUGGACAAUUACGAGUAUUCGGAUCUUCUCAUUCCUAUUGAGGACGGCAGUAAUCAGAAGAUUCUACGCAGUGGGACAGUGGCAGGUCAGAUUCUAAGUCUUAUCGACAACGUUGUGGUGCCUUUGAUCACCCACUCUGCUCCACUCUGGAUCAUUGUUGCUAGGGUAGAGUUAUUCCGUAAUCGACCCAGCAAAGCUUUUGCAGCACAUGAAAAGGCGUGGCGUGCCACGGUGUCUUCGUGCACUCAGGGUGCCUUCCAGAUGGGAGAUGAGAAGAGGUGGAUGCAGAUUGUUAAGGCCACUGAACGACUCGUGAGGGACGGGUAUGCGAAGAUAGGCGGCAUGACGAAAGAGAAAGAAGAGGGGGAUAAAAAUGGUGAAGUAGAAGAAGAAGAGCUGGUUGCUCCGGACUGGAGAUUUAAGAGCAGGAGUGCAGUGAGGGGGAUUUUGGGUAAAGGCAAGGAUUGGGAAGACAGUGAGGGUUGGAUAAGGCUCAAAGAGCUGCAAUCAGAGGUUUCCGGAUAG